CGCAGAAGAAGAAGCGCAAACCGAUUUCGCGGUUGUGUUGGUUGUGUGUGAUCGUGUUGGGCAUUUCUGUGUAGUUGACGGGUUCGGGGGCCAGUUUUUACCAUUAAAAAUCACCUUUAAUCGAAGAAUGAGCUUUGGAUCUCCAUUAGACACGUCGCACCAAGCGACACCGGGGUCAUACUUGCCUUCCUUCUUGACGGGGGAGACAAGCAUGGUCGUGGAUCAAGAUCGGAUGGCUGCGACGCGCUUCGGGUCCAUUGCGGGGACGCCCAGGGACGCGCGCCACACGUUCGUGGGGAGUCCUCUCCUGUCGCCAUUAACCCAGAGGACGGAAGCCAGGAUUACCCCGACGAUCGGCAAACGGAGCGGCCCGCCGACUUCCGGACUCUUCGACAAGCCUGGUUCACCAAAGGACCUUAAUCAAUCUUCAGAAGAGGCCCCCUCAUUUUGCAAAAGUUUCAACGAAAGCCAAAGCUUUGCAUCACCGGCUCAAGUGGACCCAUUUUAUACGCAGGGCGAUAAACUGACACCAACGACAGAGCUGGACAGGACGUGGGUUACAGUGUUUGGGUUUCCUCCAGCUGCUAGCUCGUACAUCCUACAACAGCUCUCGAACUGCGGUACAAUUGUCGAACACAGGAUGAGUUCCAACGGGAACUGGAUGCACAUCCGCUUCCAAUCCAGGCUACAAGCAAAGAAGGCGCUCAGCAGAAACGGCAAAAUCUUUGGAGGUAACAUCAUGGUGGGCGUGAAGCCGUGCCUCGAAACCACAUUGCCCAGUUCGAGCCCCGUCCAGCAAACCACUUUACUAGACACUUCCGACUACAAGGAGAACGUGGGUCCCCUUUCACCGGGUGGCAUGCGGCCCCUGAGCCGCGCCUACCAGGCCUCCGCGGCGGAGCGCGACGUCUCGACACUGGAACGCACACCGAGGAAAAACAGCACGGUGGUAUCGAAAGCAAUGGAAUAUGUUUUCGGGUGGUAGAAUCGACAAAUGGCACUUGCAAUUUGGGGAGAUAAUAUGACGGGUGAAUCAUGGAAUGAAUGUGAGGGAGAUAGCAAUGAAAGGUGAUGAAUUCUG